AUGGGAAUUUGCAUGAGUAACUAGAAAUAAAGGAAAGAAAAGUAAUUAAAAGAAGGUGAACUAGAUUAUAUAGUAAAACAAAUGAAGACUUCUCCUUGUCCAGAAGAAAUUUUGAAUUAGAGAACGUCUAUUGAUAUUCCUUAUAAUGCAUAUAGAAAUCCAAUUUUAAAUCGUAGGUUAAAAAGGAGUACAACCUUGACUACUGCAUAAUGA